AGGCAAAUCUUUCUAUGUAUAGCGUGGUAUCUAAAUUUCUGAAAUUUCAAAUGACUCCUCAAGUAUCUUCAGAUUGCAAUUCGCACCUAAGAUUUGGGCUUGUAAAUUCAGACAACCUCGAACAGAUUGUCUUCCUUGACAAAGCUUUGAAAUUUGCAUUUCUAUUGACCGUCUGUUUGGUUAACGAUGGUGCGUCUUCUCCCAGCUCUGAUUCUCGCCGCUCUUGCAAGUAACUUGGAUGUUAAUUUUCUCGAAAGCCGAAAGGAGUUAAGAAUAAAGCAGGUGAUCCAAGACAAAGAUGUGAAGCUUGGUCAGCGAAUGAAGUCAACUUUGCCUGAUCCGACUCAAGUCGUUCAACUAUCAUGGCAGCCAAGGGUCUUUUUAUACAGAGGUUUCCUAUCAGAGGAAGAGUGUGAUCACUUAAUGGAUUUGGUUCAUGCCAAGCAUAACAGUUCUGCUGAAAACGGUGCUUCAGAUUAUAGUAAUGUGGAGAAGGAUGAAAUUGUUGCUGGGAUUGAAGAAAAAAUUUCAGCUUGGACCUUUCUGCCCAAAGAGAAUGGCAAGCCCUUCAAGGUUUUUCAUAAUGAGUUCGAUGAUCCUGAGAAAAAGUACAGCUAUUUCGAUAAUAAUUCCACUGAAGUGAAAGAUGCACCGCUAAUGGCCACCGUAAUUUUAUACCUCUCCAACAUCACUGCUGGCGGGCACAUCCUUUUCCCUGAAUCAAGGAGCAAGGUAUGGUCCAAAUCCAAUUGCGGGGAGAGUAGUAAUUCCGUCAGACCUACUAAAGGAAAUGCACUACUGUUUUUUAAUGUCAAUCUUAACGCGACUCCCGACAACACUAGUACUCAUGUCAGAUGUGCUGUCAUUGAGGGCGAAAUGGCGUACGCUAUAAAGUUGUUCUAUCCGACAGCUGUUACUAGAGAAAAAGAGGAUCCAAUUGGGAUCACCUCUACCGAUUGCACGGAUGAAGAUGAUAGUUGUCCUCGCUGGGCUGACAUUGGGGAGUGUGAUAGAAAUCCUGUUUUCAUGGUUGGUUCUCCUGAUUACUAUGGUACGUGCCGAAAAAGUUGCAAUGCAUGCUAAUAGGUUGGUCUCUUAUAGUAAUGUGUUCUGUGUUGCUACUAAUACUCAUUUGUUUAUGCUUUCAUGAUGCCACUUCUUACAUAGGAAAGAAUCAUAUCCAUUUUGUACAUACAGAUAGCUGUUAUUCAUGGGAAACAACGCGCAGAUUGGCACGUAAAAAUUCAAAGCGCUGACUGGAUAAAUUUUUGGUAAAAAUAUCAGCUAGCUGUAAUUGAGUAGGAACAUAUUUGACUACGAGAUCUCCAUGAGCAACACGUUCUCUGACAAAAUGGUAAUCAAUCUUGAUGUGCUUGCUGCGAUCAUGCUGAAUGGGGUUGACUGCGAUCAUAUCGUGUGAGUUAAAAUUUAUAAACGUCACUCUUGUAUGUCAUAGAAAUCAUGGAUAAGAGAAUCCUUGUAGUGUUUAAGCUCUUAAUUUCAUUACUAUAGUAAGACAAUAAAUAUUGUAGGUGUAUUGUAAAAACUUUUUUCUACGUUUUUCUCAUAUAAUAUUACGUUAUUGUAAUUUCACGUUUUUAUAAUUUCUACAUUCUUG